AUGGAUUUUUUCUCGAAAAUUUGCCUGUUUAUUGGAUUCAUCUUUGUUAGCAAUUUUAAACUUGUUCAUAGUGAAUGGAAAACACUUUCCUCGUCGUCUGACAAUCCUUGCGCUUAUAAUUCAGGUGUUAUCUUUGUGCCAAAUCUCGUGAACUGUAAUCAAUAUUAUGCUUGCAUGAACGAGCAAGCGUUUCCGAUGUUUUGUGACUCCGGUUUGACCUUCGACAUCUACGCUAAUCGUUGUCGUCAAUCGACGCUGGUUGACGCUUGUACAGAAAACUUGUCUGUUUUGCCUUCGAUAAUGGAAAAAGACAAUCCUUGUAUGGACAAUGAAGGAAUCAAAUUGGUAUCAGAUUUGGAGGAUCCGUCCAGCUUUUACAUAUGCGUUGGAGAGUCACCCGUUCGUUUUACUUGUAAUGGCGGGACAGUUUUUGAUUUGAGCUCCAGAGAUUGUAUAACUGUUUCUUUUUUACCAACAACACAAGCAGUAGAAAGCACAACAUCCACGGAAUCGAUCAGCUCAGGUACAGCACCAACUACAACACUAGCUGAUAUUUCCACAACAACCAUCGAAGAAAUCUCUGCGAGUACAACAUCCACAGUGCCUUCGGAAUCACCGAUUACGGACACCACGCUUUCAGUUGGAUCCUCCUCCACUACUAUUAGCCCUACAACAACUAUUACAACAACUACAACUACAAGCAGAACGUCCUCUACCUCGGUACCUCCAACAACUACCCCAACUGCGGAUGCUCUGCACUGCUCUGUGCAACAAAAUACGUUUCUACCACAUCCUGAUUGCUCCAAGUUUUACCAGUGCUUCUAUGGUUACUUGUUUGUGAUUUCGUGCCCACAGAACCAAUACUGGAACCAGGACCGUGAAUUUUGUGAUUAUUUCGGAAAUGUUAUCUGCAAUGAGUGA